GAUGCAGUGAUAUAAUUUUCUUCAUCAAAAAGUUAAUAUAAUAGAAUUUUAAUACCAAAAAGGAAAAAUAAGGGAAAAAUCUUAGAAAUAUUAAUGGAGUUGAACAGGAGCAGGAGCAGGAAGAAGAAUUAAACCUUAAACCUAAAGAAAAGGAGGUAGGAGAGGGUGUCCUAGUCUCACUUAUUUUGAAUAGAUAAUUUCAUUGAGCGGGAACAAGAAGAAAGGGCUUAUACUAUAGUAUACUCCUAAUCCAAGCAUUAAUCAGUUCCUUUUGAAAGAGAAGAGUAUGGGUAAAGGAGAAGAACUAUGGGACGAUUCUGCUCUUAUUAACGCCUUCGACAACGCCAUGUCCAGCUACAAGAUACUAUUUCUUAUUUGUUUAUUUUCGCAGAAAAUGCAUAGCAGGAAAAGCAAGGAUAAUUCAGCUGAUGUUAGCUCUGCUAGUACAGAUCAAAGUCAUGCGGCUAUAAGUGAUUUAGAUGAGAAAAGCAAUGUUCCAUCAAAUGCUGCAAUAGAACUGGGUGAGGCUAAAAAACUCACAGCGGUUCAGGAAAAUCAUCAUUUGGAUUCGAUUGAGCCUCAACCUGGUAUAUACUCAUCAGGUGGCCAAGAUGCACUAGCUGUCAAUGACUAUUCAUAUGUGCAAAAUUCAGAAGGUUAUAACCAGUUACUUACCCAGUACUAUGACAUUGAGGAAAAGAGGCAAAGGAUUCUGCAUCAGCUUCAGCAACUUGGUGGUUAUGAUUACCACUAUCCGGCCGAAGGCUUUGGUUCGAGCCAACAAUGGGGUACCUGUUGCUCUCAAGAUCAUUCAGUUCCUAAAAGCCAACCUGUUAUCUGCUCAUGUUGCCCAUAUGCUUGUCGUUGUUCAGCAGUUCCAUGCACUUCAUUUUCCGCUUGUUCUUUCGAUGGAACAUGCGAUGGUAAAUUGUGCAAUAAUUCUUCUGAGGUGAUGGGUCUUGCAAAGUCUGUCCCUCUUGUAGAUGGCGACAUUGUCAAAAUAGCAAUGGGAGCUGCAGAAAGAGCAAUAUCCACUACGAAGACAAUAUCAUCCAUCAAUUCUGGCACAAAAGAGAAAGAAAAAGAGAAAGAGAAUGGAAAAGGAAAAGACAAUGAGGAAAAAUUGGCUCAAAACACCAGAUCUGAAACAGAUCUCAGCAUUGUUUUAAAUGCUUGGUACUCUGCUGGCUUUUACACGGGCAAGUAUCUCACAGAGCAAUCAAUUAUGAAGAAAUGACAGUGGUAAAGACUUGUAUUGCACAAUGGAGGAGCGGCUAGCGGAGUUCUUACUUGCAGGACCCUAGUUUGAUAUUUUUAGUAGACUUGUAGACGAGCAAAUGCACUGUAAUAUAUAUCUUUUGGGGUUCAUAUCAUUCAUAGUCCCUGAAACAGGCGCAUUUCACAUUAAUAUUCUUAAAUAUUAAUUUGUCCCUUGAAAUUUUGUACUU